GACACUGAAAUGGAGGGACAGAGGUGGAGUCAACCCGCUUUGAGAACCUACCGGGUUGGUCGGGGAAGUCGCUUUUUGGCUUGGAGCUGCAAGAGGGAGAGGAGCCAGCGCUAAAGCUUUUAGUUGCAGAGGAGAGAGAACAGGGCAAUGGAGAGGAAGAAGAAGGGAGAGGCUGACACUGACAGAGAAGGAAAGAUAACCGAAGAAGGAGGAAAAGAGGGAGAGACUGAAAUGGAGACCCCGGCGACGGCUGAGGCACCUCAGCAGCAGCAACAGGAGGAGGAGGAGGAGCAGCCACAGCCGAGUGCUGCGGAGGCGACAGAACCUGAUGAAGGGCCUGAGGAGGCGAAGGAGGGCCAGCGGACCACCCCGACCCGGACCCUGCUCUCCAUGAGGUCCAUGAGCAGCGUGGACCCAGAUGACGACUCCCCCAACAUGAUUGUCUACAGAAAGAUUGAAGACAUUGUCACCCGCAUCCAGGAUGAGACAGAGGGUGUUCCCAUCAGGACUGUCAAGAGCUUCAUGACCAAAAUCCCCAGCGUUGUCACGGGCGCAGAUAUUGUACAGUGGAUGAUGAAGAACCUGGCCAUUGAGGAUCCAGCUGAAGCCAUGCACAUUGGGAGCCUCAUCGCCGCUCAGGGCUACUUCUUCCCCAUCUCUGACCACGUCCUCUCCCUGAAAGAUGACAGUACCUUCUACCGCUUCCAAGCACCGUAUUUCUGGCCGUCCAACUGCUGGGAGCCCGAGAACACAGAUUAUGCCAUCUACCUGUGCAAGCGGACCAUGCAGAACAAGACCAGGCUGGAGCUUGCAGAUUAUGAAGCGGAGAACCUAGCCAGGCUGCAGAGAGCCUUUGCCAGGAAGUGGGAGUUUAUCUUCAUGCAGGCUGAAGCCCAGGUCAAGAUCGACAGGAAAAAGGAUAAAACUGAAAGGAAGAUCCUCGACAGCCAGGAGAGGGCCUUCUGGGACGUCCACAGACCCGUGCCCGGCUGCGUCAACACCACAGAGAUGGACAUCAGGAAGUGCAGACGUAUCAAGAAUCCACACAGAGUUAAGAAGUCAGUGUACGGCUUGGUGGAGGAGGGAACGCAGUCUCACAGCCCGAUCCAUACACCCUCACAUCGCUGCAGAAAAGGCACUAAGGAGGAUGUGGAGAAAGAGAUCUUAUUCCUGAACACCCAGCUGGACCGUCACUGCAUGAAGAUGUCCAAGGUCGCCGAAAGUCUGAUAAGCUACACAGAGCAGUACAUGGAGUACGACCCGUUUGUGACCCCACCAGAGCCUUCCAACCCCUGGACCAGCGACGACUGCACCUUCUGGGAUCUGGAGGCCAGUAAGGAGCCCAGUCAGCAGCGGGUGAAGAAGUGGGGUUUCUCUCUGGAGGAAGCCCUGAAGGACCCGGCAGGACAGGAGCUCUUCCUCAAGUUCCUGGAGUCAGAGUUCAGCUCCGAGAACCUGCGGUUCUGGCUGGCGGUGCAGGACAUGAAGAGGAGGCCCCUGCACGAGGUGGCAGAGCGGGCACAGGAGAUAUGGGCGGAGUUCUUGGCCGAGGGCGCACCGAGCUCCAUCAAUCUGGACUCCCACAGCUACGAACGCACCAGCCAGAACCUGAAAGACCCCGGACGAUACAGCUACGAGGACGCACAGGACCACAUCUACAAGCUGAUGAAAAGUGACAGCUACACCCGCUUCCUGCGCUCCAAUGCCUACCAAGACCUACUGAUGGCGAGGAAGAAGCCUGAAACAGAGCAGGGGCGCCGCACUUCACUGGAGAAGUUCACCCGCAGUGUGGGCAAGUCGCUGACGGGCAAACGGCUGACGGGCCUCAUGCAGUCGUCCUGA